UAAACUCCGUCAUCUCAUCGCGUAUUCGCCCCCUCCCUGACUUGGUGGUCUGUCUCGAUCUCUACUACUGUAUUUAGUAGUCUUCAGCAUUGUGCUCUUAUCAGUUUCGUUUCGUUUACAUUUCGAAGGUAUUUUUGUGUUAUUCUACUGAGAAGACCACCAUGGUGGUGAGUGCGAGUGCGGGUGCGUGUGUAAGUGUCGGAUGUUUGUUGGUUUGUCUGACAGUUGUAACAGGUGUGCGCGGGGAUGAGGUCGGUGAGGAAGUAACUUUACCCACUUCUAGGUCAAAAUAUACCGUACCCAGGCACCGCUUGCUAUGCACCAAGUCGCAGUCAAAUAUUGACUUCAAAGAGUUGAUGGGGCUCUGGAACGUGAUAGAAGUGAUAGAGCAUAGCGACCGCUACAUGGACCGCCGCAACUACCUGCGUACUCUCACCAAGUCCGACUCCUGCCCAGUGGUACACUUCGCCACGGACGAUGACCGAGAGGUGCGCAUGCUCUGGCAUGACGAGGACGGCUACAUCCAGUACACCUUCCGCUUGACGAACAUGAACAACCCAGGCUUCUGGAUGUCUCUGGGGUACCAGUCAGGGACUAUGGUAGACAACGAGUACGAACAUUUCUCGGGCACAGCGCAAGUGAUGAAAGCGGUCCAGUCUCACAUGGUGUUGACAUUCUGCUCCCCUCACGAACGUCACUUCAGCAUCAUCCUGGCCCGUAAAAAGUAUCUCAGCUACGACGAGACCCGUGGCGUUCACAAACAAUUGAACAGGGUAAACCUCCCGCUGGUGGCGGUCCAAAGCUACUGCAGGAACGCAGGGGUCUCCGCCACCCCAUCCUCUCUUCUCGGAGUCCUUCUAGCUUUGGUGAUUGUCGGCAGCAAAUAUUCAUCAUUAUAACAGUACUCAUUCGUCUUUGGAAGGAUUAUUGAAACCCACUUCCAUUUACUGAAUAGCUGACUUGCAUUUUGUGUUUACAAUAAAUAAAAAUAUUUUUCUGUCUUUUUACGUAUUUGGUAGUUCACAUUGUUUUAGUUAAAUAACUGAUACAGUAACAAUAAUUUCGUAUUCUAUUGAACCCUUUUAUUAAUUCUGUAAUACUUAAGUAAAUUUUACAAUGUUUAAUUCAAUAAGCAGUAGCCUAUGGCUCGCUAGUAUGGUGCCAGAAUUACAAAACCAGCUGAUUUGUUUUACGUAGAAUGCCGUAUAUUAAAUACCAUAGGUCUACAUAAAAUGUGUAAAUAUAAAAAUACCUUAAACGACAGGCCAAGUUAUAUAUUUUCAAAUGUUCAUGUUUUCCAUGAAAAUGGCUUAAUUACUCUAAUUGUAAGAAUAGUGCAAUAUAUGAGGUAAAAAAUCUAACAAAUGAAUAUCUAAAAAUAAAGUUUAAGAAAGGGAAUUACCAAUAGCAAGGUAUAGAAAUAAAUGAUUUUUAAUACAUACUUAAAAUAUAAUUUUGUAUAAAUUGAAAAAUACAAUUUAUUUUUUUAUAUUUUAUUGUUACCGAUGGCAUAAAGUGUUACCGCUGGGCUGGCUUAAAGCUUCGCAUAUAAGACUGAUAAUCGUACAUUUCCUCUUCUUAUAGACCCGUACUUGACCAACAUUGUUGGAGGUUUAGGUGAAAGUUAAAUAACAAGAUAAAAAUAUUAUCUGGGAAGUAUCUUUAUCACCUCCCGACCCUAUAGCAAUUUAAGGAUUUAAACAGUGUUACGUUACUUACGUUAUAUUUCUUGAAAGGGUUUAGCGUUAUUUUAUAAUCCUGCUUAGGUAUUACUAACACUCCUGUUUUAAAAAUAUCGAGAACAGAAAAUUAUCUUGUGUUAAACUAAUCCCUUCCAGGAUUUAUUGAUAUGUUGAUACAUUCCGGUCAUAUUAUUGUCAAGUAAUAUUUAUUUGAGUGUAAGUUGAUAUAAUGGUGUAAAUACAUUGUUCUUGAUGUUUAUAUAAUUAAAUUACUUCAUGUUA